AUGACUCAAUUUUUGUUGAAUAAAAAUAAGAAAGAUUUAGCUGAAAUAAGUGCCAAAAUAAAUGAAAAUAAGUCUAGAGAUCGAUCAUCAACGAAUACUGAACCAGUUGCUGAAUCAACUAGUGAACUCGAGGCACCAAAUUCUGAAUUAUCUAAACAAGGUAUUGCAAGUGACGAAGAUGUUGUGAAUAGCAUACCUGAAUCAUGGUCAAUAGAACAAGUAGCUCAAUGGCUUUCAUCAAUCAAUUUGGAAGAACAUAUUGAGAAGUUUCGAGUUUUUAAAAAUAAAGUGAUUAUUUUACCAAUCGUUUUAGAAAAUGAAAUUGAUGGCUCAUUACUAAUGAGUGAUGGCUUAGAUGAUACAUUAUUGAAAGAAUUAAUUCCUCCAUUGAAGUAUCGAAUAAUUUUCAAUAAUGAACGUAAGAAACUUAGAUCAAGACAACAGCAGAAAUCGACAAUAUCAACAGCAAAUACAACUGAUAUUCAUGUUAAACUAAAAUCAACCGACACAUCUAAAAUGGUAAAAGAUAGAAGUUUAAGUUAA